AUGAAGAUGUUGAUGUCGGACUAUGAAGUCAACUUGGUGAACGAUAGCAUGCAGGAGUUCUACGUCCGCUUCCACGGCCCUACGGAGACUCCGUUCGCAGGCGGUGUCUGGAAGAUCCACGUAGAGCUCCCGGAUCAGUAUCCAUACAAGUCGCCCAGCAUCGGAUUUAUGAACAAGAUCUUCCACCCCAAUAUCGAUGAACUGAGUGGUUCCGUGUGUCUGGACGUCAUUAAUCAGACAUGGUCACCUAUGUUCGAAAUGAUCAACAUAUUUGAAGUAUUCCUCCCUCAGCUCCUGCGGUACCCAAACCCCAAUGAUCCGUUGAACGGCGAGGCCGCUGCACUGCUCAUGCGACACCCGAAGGAGUAUGAUGCGAAGGUCAAGGAGUAUGUCCAGCGAUUUGCGACCAAGGAGGCGGCCGACCAUGCUGCGCCAGGUGAGGAGGAAGAAACCGAUGAAGAGAUGUCCGAGAUCGGGAGCAUCAGUGGUGACGAGGCCUAA